UGUGUUCGCGGGGCUGGGGUUGUCUCAGGUGAGGAGGUCGCGCCGGAAGUGGCUCUGGCCGAGGCGCCUCUAUGUUGUACGGAGCCUGCGCGGGGAUUUGUUGUUAAGGGGGCGCGGCACCACCCAGUUGUCUCCACUUCCCAUUGCAGCAGCCAUGGCGAAAGGCAGAGUUGCCGAACGAUCGCAGACUGGAGCACUCCAGACGACCCCAGUGGGGGACGGGAACGCGGGGACGCGGGGCCCUGCGGCGCCGGGGAGCAGAGACCAUGUAAAAGAAAAAGCCUGGGCAGAAGCUGGGUCAGCAAGAAUGUCACUCCUUAUAUUGGUGUCUAUUUUCUUAUCUGCAGCAUUUGUUAUGUUUUUGGUAUAUAAAAAUUUUCCUCAGCUUAGUGAAGAAGAAAGAGUGAAUAUGAAGGUUCCCAGAGAUAUGGAUGAUGCCAAGGCUCUAGGAAAAGUUUUAUCCAAAUAUAAGGACACCUUUUAUGUACAAGUACUUGUAGCUUAUUUUGCUACAUAUAUUUUGUAUCCUUUUAACUGA